CCCCUGGGGCCGGGCCGGGCCGCGGCGUUCGGUUCGCUUGGGGACACCUUGGUGCCUCCCUUCUGGGUCGCAUCUAUUGACAUUUCUCCUGGGGCAGGUCCCGGCCCAGAACUUGGAACGUGUGCGGUCGUCUGCAGGCCAACUUCACGUUUAGUCGGCGUGUGGAAUUUGGGGUUCCCAGCCCCACUUUUUGGAACUCAGGGCCAGGUGGGAAUAUGGGGGCAGACCUCAGGCUUCCGGUAGUGAUAUAUAAUAAUGCUGGAUUCAGUUCCACGAAUGUUUUCUUGAAACGUCUGCCCUGGAAAAGGCGACCUGCCACUUUGCUGUGGAUGAGGAUGGAGGACGUAGUAAUCACAGUUACGGUGUGAAUGAGACCCAAAACGUUGCCCAAAUACGUUCUUCAUGGAUGGCGGUCCUUGGCCACACACAUGUCUGUCAUCAAACAAAAGUAAACUGCCCUCUUCUUUAAGAUGAAACGUCCGAGGUGUUCCCAGUCGCGUGUCCCUCAUGGUUUCUUGUUGCCUUUGGGGAAGCUGUCAGACUGACCUUGGACUUAACUAGAUUCUUAGAAGAGCUCACCUGUGACCUGGCAAGUACUUUCUACUGGUCUGGAUAGGAUCCCCCACCUUAUUCACCGGAUCCUUUACCUUUUGGGGGCCUCCCUUCAGCAUCUCUUUUGAAGCACUUUUCCCCCUUACGAUCUUUGAACACCUCCUGAAUUGGUGGGAAGUGCCUGGCCCUGCCCCUUUCCCUUCUCUUAGUGGGAAGAUGGGCAGGCCUCAGACAUGGCCUUGCAGGACCCAGGGGCACACCCUUGGGUGUCACCUGACACCCUCCCCUGUAGCACCUUGCAGGGGAGUGGCCAAGCAGGGGUUGGGGUGUCACUGACCUGGGCUACAGCCAGCCUGGGCUGGGCAGUGCCCUGGGAGGAAAAUUCAGCAGUGCUGACUGGAUUCCUAAUCAUCUCAGGCUUCUUUUAAUGGCCCUCUUUUUAGGGAGCAGAAGCAAGCAUCUUCUUAAGCCUGUCUUGUUAGGUAACCGUCACUCUUUAGAGAAAACUCGGGUAGUUUUCUUCAGUGUGAUCAGUUUUCAAGAAGCUGUUUUUUUACUGGUAUUUUCUUUUAUUUGGCUCAUGGAAGUAAUUGUGUGAUCUUAUUUCAGAGUUAUACAAUACUCCAAGUCCCUGGUGGCUCAGGUGGUAAAGACUCCGCCUGCGAUGUGGGAGAUCUGGGUUUGAUCCCUGGGUCGGGAAGAUCCCCUGGAGAAGAAAAUGGCAACUUACUCCCGUGUUCUUGCCUGGGAAAUCCCAUGGACAGAGGAGCCUGGUGGGCUACAGUCCAUGGGAUCGCAGAGUCUGGCACAACCGAGGAACUAAUAGAGUACUCCAAAAACGAGGAAACUGACAUCACACUUGGAGACUAUGUUUGGGGAGCGGUGGCUAUUCCAUUGUCCUGGGGAGCCGACUCUCGCAUAGUAGAGAACGAGGAACACAGAGGACGAGACCACAGCUCUGCGGGCCUGGGAGCCGAAGCCGUCCGGGCGGCAGAACCCUGCAGUCAUCACCAUGCCGUCCUGAAGCCUGCCACCAGACAGUGACUCCAGAGGGGAAAUGAAGCUAGAAAAACGCAUGGAUGCAGCCUCGCCUGCAGCCUGCCCAGAUGUUCGCGGAUAAUCUCCCCGAGAGAAAUUGAGCCCCUCGGAUCAGGUAGCUCGUCAGAAUGAAGAAGAUCAGCCUUAAGACCUUCCGGAAAUCUUUCAACUUGAGUAAGAGCAAAGAAGACGCGGAAUUCAUGGUCGUGCAACAGCCAGCACUAGCCGGUGACUUCGGCAAAGAGGAGUCCUUGUUCGGGAGCUGCUACGGGAAGGAGAUGGCCGGCUGCGAGCUGCACAGCGAGGACGAAAAGGGCGGCGGCAAGAACCGGGCCAAGAGCGAGAGCCUCAUGGGCACGCUCAAGAGGCGGCUGAGCGCCAAGCAGAAGGCCAAGGGCAAGGGCGGCGCGGCGGCGGGGGGCGCGGCGGACGAGGACACGUUCUCGUCCUCGUCGGCGCCGCUGGUGUUCAAGGACGCGCGGGCGCCGCGGCCCAUGCGCUCCACGUCGCUGCGCAGCCACCACUACAGCCCCACGCCCUGGCCGCUGCGGCCCACCGCCUCGGAGGAGACGUGCAUCCGGAUGGAGGUGCGGGUCAAGGCGCUGGUGCACUCGCCCGGCGCCGGCCCGGCCCUCAACGGCGUGCGCAAGGACUUCGGCGAGCUCCGCCCGGCGGCCGAGCCCGCCUGCCCGUGCCCGGAGCCGCCCCCCGCGCCCGGGAGCCCGGCGCCCGCGGCCGGGGACCUGCGCCUGCGCCUGGGCGAGCACGUGCCUGUGGUCCUGGGCCUGCUGCCUCAGGACUACCUCCCGUACACCGUGCCUUUGGACGGCUCCUCCCCGAUGGAGGUCUCGGCCGUCCCGCCGCCCCCGGCCGCCGGGGGCCCCUGCCCCGCCCGCCGCGACGAGGACGCCGGGCGCCAGGCGCCCGAGCUCUUCGGCGACCCGCCGGCGGGCGGCCUGCUGGCGGGCCCCGCGGCGGGGGUGCUGCCGAGCCCGCGGGCGGGCCCCGACGACGGGCCCCCCCUCUCCCCGCUGCUACCUCCGCUGCAGACCGACCCGAGCCAAAGGACCUUCUCCGGGCUGGCCGGCCCGGACGCCCACGCGGCCGACAGCGUGCGCUGCCACUUGAAUUUCGACCCCACCUCGGCGCCCGGGGUCGCCAGGGUGUACGACUCGGUGCAGAGCAGCGGGCCCCUGGCGGUGACCAGCCUGACGGAGGAGCUCAAGAAGCUGGCCCGGCAGGGCUGGUACUGGGGGCCCAUCACGCGCUGGGAGGCGGAGGGCAAGCUGGCCAACGUGCCCGACGGCUCCUUCCUGGUGCGGGACAGCUCGGACGACCGCUACCUGCUCAGCCUGAGCUUCCGCUCGCACGGCAAGACCCUGCACACCCGGAUCGAGCACUCGAACGGCCGGUUCAGCUUCUACGAGCAGCCGGACGUGGAGGGGCACACGUCCAUCGUGGACCUCAUCGAGCACUCCAUCAGGGACUCGGAGAACGGCGCCUUCUGCUACUCGCGCUCGCGCCUGCCGGGCUCCGCCACCUACCCCGUGCGGCUCACCAACCCGGUGUCGCGCUUCAUGCAGGUGCGCUCGCUGCAGUACCUGUGCCGCUUCGUCAUCCGCCAGUACACCCGGAUAGACCUGAUCCAGAAGCUGCCCCUGCCCAACAAAAUGAAGGAUUACCUACAGGAGAAGCACUACUGACAGGACCGCAGCCCGGCAUCGUGCACUUUGGGAGUGAGAGAGAGAGAGACUGAGAUACAGUUUACAGACUCUUCAUCGCCAUCAGAAUCUUUUGCUGCCAUACUCUUUAUUUCAGUUUUAUGUGUAAAAGAGUGUCCAGUCCGUUUAGGGGUGGGGAACCGUCCGCGAGGUGUCUUGGGUUCAUUUUCGUUCUUUACAAAGGGAAGUCUGGAGGUUUGAGGAGGUGUGAAGUCUCUUCCAUCAGCGCGCAGAAUAAUCACAAUGUGAAUGAUCAGAUUCUCCUUACCCACCCACCCCCAGUCCUUUGCUGCUAUCCACUGUGAUUUUAUGCAUUAAAAGCACAUUUCAUGUGUAUCCAAUCCUGAGUAAAGUUGAAUGAAACUUGCAGAAUGAACCUGUUAUGUCUCUCUUUCAAUGGCCCAUCUUCAAAGAUAGUGUUGAGUCAGCAUAGCCGUGUGAUUCAUCACAAGAGUUUACACCUACACCGAAAAUGAUUUUUAAUUUCAUGCUCUACAAAGGUUUAUUUAGAAUUGUGAACUGACAUCACCUUGGGUAAUAGAAUGCAGGUCUGCGACAUAUCUUUCUGCCACAUUCGUUUCUAAAUGAUGUUUGAGGUUGUGCUGUCUUUUGGUUCUUAGAAGCUGGAUGUUUCUGUUGCCUUCGUUUUCAUCUUGUGGUUCGUCUGUUUUUAAUAAAUGGCCUUACAUUAAAAAGUUGUAAAGAAAUGUACACCACCAAUUUAAAAAUUGUUGCCUUUUCUGUCAUUAAACUCUGGUACAAAUUGGCAUAACGUAUAAAGACCUAUGGAACUAGAACUAUUAAAUUAUUAGAUGAUCUUAGUUUCCUGUGAUAAGCAAUUUUUUGUUGUCUAUACUUUCCUCUGGUAAAAUGUUUUAUCUGUGAUUUCUUUAGCUUAGACAACAUUUUCUUGGGUGAACUUGAUGUCGAAAUGCUUUUCAUAAAUGGACUAGAUCCUCUUGCAACGUUAAAGUCUAUAUAAAGUUUUAAAUUGAUCUGAAUAGAAAGAAAAUGUUUUAAAGUUGGGUUUAUAUUUUUCUUUAAUGUAGUCACCAUUAAAAUGUGCUAGAUUUAACACUUCCUUCCCCCACCAAAAAAACAAGCAACAAAACCAAAAAAUCCCAGUGACUUUAGUUGAAAAAUUGUGGAAAUUGUGGUGCACUGUGUAACAAAAAUGUUAACACUGAGGCAGGUGUGUGCAUUUACCUACCAUAUAUACUGCCAUUAUCAAUAGGGUUUCUGUUUUUAAUUUAGCUAAGUCUUAAGUAAAUUAGCAUCAUUAGUUUUUUCAUCUCUUUUGAUUCAGCCCUUUGCGGGGUGGGGGUAGUAUGUUAUAGCCAAUACUUUUUAGUUAUUUUGAAAUGCAGUGCCUAUUCACUGCAGAUUCUUUAGUAUUUUGAAAUUGUUCCAUCCAGAAGAUGUUUCUAGCUACAUAAUUUUAAAGGAAAUGUUUCCCCUUCCAAUGAAACGUAAUUUAAGACAUUUCUUCCUUUUCCUAUCUCUUAUCCCCAUUAAAAAAAGAAAAAAAACAGAGUAAAGGUCUUAGGUCAAAUUUAAUAACUUUGUCAUUCAGACAUAUCAGUAUCCCUAUUUUUUUUUUCCUGUUUUUUUUUUUUUUUUUUUUAGAGUCAACUGAGGAUUACCAAGAAAAGGCCCAGUGUAUUAAUACCUGUGUUAUGGUAUUUUGACUUAAAGGGGAAAAGGUACUUAAUUUUGGUGGAAUGUUUGAUUGUACCUUGUUGCAAAGACUCCUCAUUCAUUUUCUGAUAUGUUUUCACCUAAUAAGAUGGAAUAUGGAGUAUACUGUAAUAAUAUAAUUUAAGUGUUCAUUAUAAGCUAUUUGGAUUAAGAACUAUUACAGAGUUGUAAACUUGUUAUCAAAUUAAUGCAAGACAUUUAAACUAUUUUUUUGCAAAACUAUUUAUUUUUAAACAAUUUAAAGUAUAUCUAGGGUGAGUUAAAAGUCCCUGUGCAUCUAUAUUAGAUGGCAGGCAUUGUCACAGAGUCACUGUGUGUUAAUAAUAAGUGUUGAGAUGGCUUCUCCGUGUUUCUAGAAGCAUUGACAUGUACUCUUUGUGAGACCGUGGUGCACAGAGGUCUUUGGACUGCCCUGAACCCCGUCUUGUGUGGGCGUAGCCUGUUCCCCACGCCUUCCUCAUGAUAACCAUGUGUUUAAGAUCGAGCCAUUUGGUUUCAAGUUAAGAUCAUCCUGAUUUCCAUAUAAAUGUCUUAAAAAUUGUAUUUUGUGUUUUUAUGGAGGGCAAGUCUUGAUACUGUUCUAAUUCAAAUUGAAAGCCAAUUCGUAGUAUACUUUUGUAUGUUCAUAAUAUAAAAUACCUUUAAGUAAAAUGCCCUAUUCUAAUCCAAUUUCAGAUUGCUAGGGUCUGAUAGUGUAUCAAUAAAAAUAAAAGUGUUUGCCAAGAAAUCAUUUACAAACAGAAAGGAAUAUUGCAAAUUUUUUUGCUUUUGUUUAGAGAGAACCAUUUGGCUGAGGCAGCACAACAUAAUGUGAACAAUUGGCUUUAUAGGCUAGUAAAAUGGUCUGGUUAAAAAUGGAAAGGGGAAAAAGAGAAGUCUUCACCCUGUAGUUUUUGUGCAGGUAGCAUUUGGGUGAAUUUCUGGAUUCUGUUGAAUGGUGGCUUAGAUGACAUGGGUGCUGCUUAUAAGUGAUUUCUUAAAUAUUUGCUUCUGAAAAUCUGAGCUCAAGGCAAGAGAAACACAGGAAAGCUGUAUCCUUCUGCCGUACGAAAUGAAUCAGAGUUGCUUUUUUAUCAAAUAUCUCAUCCCAGAGACAUGAUGGAAGCCAGAAGCUAUUUCCAGGUUUAUUAGGACACUAUUGUGCAUUUUUUUUUUUUUUAACAAAUAAUAAGAAAG